CGGAAGAAGAUUGAGACGAACAGGAAGUAGGGAGGGGGCAAGCGGAGGAAAAUAUUCUGGUCCCUGUUGUACGGUCUUUACAUAGUGCUCUUCCUUCUCCUAUUGUGCGUAUAACGUUCCUGCUUUUUCCUCUUUCACGCGCAGAUUUCUCGCAGGGGUGGUGCUAGUAUGUCACGGCGGCGGCGGCACAGCGACGAGAGCGAUGGGCAAGCUCACAAAAGGAGGAGAACAUCUGAGCCAUCUGAAAUUGAAGAGAGACUUGAAUCUUUAAUAUGCAGAGUGGGAGAGAAGAGUACUUCCUCUCUGGAGAGCAACUUGGAGGGUCUAGCUGGUGUCUUGGAAGCUGAUCUACCAAACUAUAAAAGCAAGAUAUUAAGAAUUCUUUGUACUGUUGCACGUCUAUUACCAGAAAAGCUUACCAUUUACACAACGUUAGUUGGGCUGCUGAACGCCAGGAACUACAACUUCGGUGGGGAAUUUGUAGAAGCCAUGAUUCGUCAGCUCAAAGAAUGUUUGAAAGUCAACAUGUAUAAUGAAGCUGAGUACUUAGUUCGUUUUCUAUCUGAUCUUGUGAAUUGUCACGUAAUAGCUGCACCUUCAAUGGUAGCCAUGUUUGAGAACUUUGUGAGUGUGACACAGGAGGAAGAUAUACCACAAGUACGAUGUGAUUGGUAUGUGUUUGCAUUUCUGUCAUCUUUGCCUUGGGUUGGAAAGGAGUUGUAUGAGAAGAAAGAUGCUGAAAUAGAUCGCCUCUUGUCCCACACAGAAAGCUAUCUGAAGCGUCGCCAGAAGAUUCAUGUACCCAUGUUACAAGUUUGGACUGCUGAUAAACCACAUCCACAAGAAGAGUACCUGGACUGCCUUUGGGCCCAGAUUCAGAAGUUGAAAAAAGACCGUUGGCAAGACAGACACAUUCUGAGGCCUUACCUUGCCUUUGACAGUAUUCUUUGCGAAGCAUUGCAGCACAACCUGCCUCCAUUCACUCCUCCGCCUCACACUGAAGAUUCAGUGUACCCAAUGCCAAGGGUUAUUUUUCGGAUGUUUGACUACACAGAUGACCCAGAGGGCCCUGUCAUGCCUGGCAGUCAUUCUGUUGAAAGAUUUGUAAUAGAAGAAAACCUCCACUGCAUCAUCAAAUCCCACUGGAAAGAGAGAAAGACUUGUGCUGCACAGUUGUUGAGCUAUCCAGGAAAUAAUAAGAUCCCCUUGAACUACCACAUAGUAGAGGUAAUAUUUGCAGAAUUGUUUCAGCUUCCAUCUCCACCACAUAUUGAGGUUAUGUACACAGCACUCCUCAUUGAACUGUGCAAACUCCAGCCUGGCUCUUUACCACAAGUUCUUGCACAAGCCACAGAAAUGCUUUACAUGCGCUUGGAUACAAUGAAUACUACAUGUAUAGACAGGUUUAUUAACUGGUUUUCCCACCACCUGAGUAACUUUCAGUUCCGUUGGAGCUGGGAAGAUUGGUCAGACUGUCUUACUCAGGACCUUGAGAAGCCUAAAUCCAAAUUUGUGAGAGAGGUUUUGGAAAAAUGCAUGAGGCUUUCCUACCAUCAGCGAAUAAUAGACAUUGUUCCUCCAAGCUUUUCUGUCCUCAGUCCUGCAAACCCAGUGUGUAUUUACAAAUAUGGAGAUGAAAGCAAUAGGUCUCUUCCUGGGUAUACUGUAGCACUCUGUUUAACAAUUGCAAUUAAAAAUAAGGCCAGUAACGAUGAAAUCUUCAGCAUUUUAAAAGAUGUGCCUAAUCCAAAUAAGGAUGAUGACGAUGAUGAAGGAUUCACCUUCAAUCCUUUGAAAAUAGAAGUUUUUGUACAGACUCUGCUCCAUCUAGCUGCGAAGUCUUUCAGCCACUCCUUCAGUGCUCUGGCUAAGUUUCACGAAGUAUUCAAAGUACUUGCUGAAAGUGAUGAGGGGAAACUCCAUGUCCUGAGAGUUGUAUACGAGGUUUGGAAGAAUCAUCCACAGAUGAUUGCUGUUCUUGUGGAUAAGAUGAUUCGAACACAGAUUGUUGAUUGCGCUGCAGUAGCAAACUGGAUCUUCUCUUCAGAACUUGCACAUGAUUUUACUAGGUUCUAUGUCUGGGAAAUCUUACAUUCCACAAUUCGUAAAAUGAACAAGCAUGUACUGAAGAUUCACAAAGAACUGGAGGAGACUAAGGCAAGAUUGGCAAGACAGCACAAAAGACGAGAAAGUGAUGAAGAUGAUGACGACGAUGACCAAAGUAGUGAUAGGGAAGACGGACCUCUAGAAGACCAAAUAGAACGCUUGCAGGAGAGAGUAGAAUCAGCCCAGAGUGAACAGAAGAAUCUCUUCCUUGUUAUAUUCCAGCGUUUCAUUAUGUUGUUAACUGAACACUUAGUGCGCUGUGAAACUGGUGGGAUUGAUGUAUUUACACCUUGGUACAAAAGCUGUAUAGAGAGGUUGCAGCAAAUCUUCCUACAGCAUCACCAGAUAAUUCAGCAGUACAUGGUGACCCUGGAGAACCUCCUGUUUACAGCUGAACUGGACCAUCACAUACUGGCUGUAUUUCAGCAAUUUUGUGCUUUGCAGGCCUGAGGAUUUUCAUGUGUUGUUUUAUCUGCAAGACUUAAAACCAUUUUUCUUUGAUGAGAGAAGCUCACCAUGGGGAAAGAGAAAACUCUUUAAUUCAGAACAGCUUUCAUGUGUUCCUGUAUAAAGCAAUAUAGUACUCUUAACUAAUAGUAACUGGUUUAGCAUCAUGAGUCUUAUUAGCUAUGACUGACAGAGGAUUAGUGUGUGUUGUGGUUUAACCCCAGCCAGCAACUAAGCACCAUGCAGCUGCUCACUCACUUACCCCCCACCCAGUGGGAUGGGGGAGAGAAUUGGGAAAAAAAGUAAAACUCAUGGGUUGACAUAAGAACAGUUUAAUAGAACAGAAAGGAAGAAACUAAUAAUUAUAAUAAUAACAAUAAUAAAAUGACAACA